CCCACAACCACAUGAUAAUUUAGGAGCUGGUGCAUCAGGCUAACGUUGCUUUUGCCCAGCGUUUCUCAGGAGGAAGGACAGUUGGAGAGGCUUUGCUGCUAAGGAAAUUUAUUUAAAGAUCGCUGGUUUGAAGAAAACAUAAAGAAAAAGAACCACAGAAGCAAACAAAGGGAGCAUCUAUAAAGUCCAAUGGUGGGAAGAGACACGUUAACUUCAUUCACUUGAGUGAGUAGGUGAGAGGCAGUCUGCAAAGAUGGCAGAAGAAGAAGAAUAUGAGGAGGUGGUGGAGUACUACAUUGAAGAAGAGGUCAUUGAGGAGGGUGAACCAGGCGAGAUAAUUACUGAGAUCACCGAAACAACAUACACCACAGGAUCUGCUCCGUAUACAGUAACCACAAAGCGAACAUCGGACACCUCUAAGCAUGUUUCAGAAACCCCAGACACAAGUCACAAGCCCAGAAAAAAAGUUGUACGGACAAAAGUGGACACAUCUAAGUUCCUGACACCUUAUCUGGAUCACAGUGCAAAAAUGCAAAAGCUCUUUAGUGAAAAAAAAUACAAAGAGAAGUUUGAGAAGGAAAAAGGAAAGCCAUAUGCAAUUACAACUGAUACCCCUGAACUACGAAGAAUCAGGAAAGCCCAGAACCAGCUCAGUGAGGUUAAAUAUCGCAUGGCUGGUGAUCUGGCCAAGACCAACUGUCACGUUGAUGAAAAAGCAAGAGAUAUAGAGCAUGCAAAGAAGGUUUCUCAGCAAGUUAGCAAGGUGUUAUACAAACAGAAUUGGGAAGAGAAUAAGGAAAAGUACUUGCUUCCCCCUGAUGCUCCAGAGUUUGUGCAGGCAAUAAAAAAUUCAACAUUGUACAGCAAGAAAUCAUACAUAGAAGACUGGGAAUCAGACAAAUCACUGUUUUACCCUUACGACGACAGUCCAGAACUAAGGAGAGUUGCACAGGCCCAAAAGGCCCUCAGUGACAUUGUCUACAAAAAAGGGCAUGAUGAGCGCAAAUCUAAAUACACUGCACUGCCAGACCCACCUGAUGUGGAACUUGCCAAGAAAGUAACCAGGCAGCUCAGUGACCUGAACUAUCAUGAAGACUAUAACAAGAAGAAGGGCAAAUGGAGCCAGACCCCCUGCUAUGAUGUAGCAGUUGCCAGAAUGAACUCUGACAACUUCAGCAUGAGAAAAUACCAAGAAGACUGGGAGAAUGCAAAAGACCAAAUCUACUUUAUGCAGACAGAAACACCUGAGUAUGAAGUUAAUAAGCGAGCUGGAAUUGUUGCCAGUAAGGUGAAAUACAAAGAAGACUAUGAAAAAGCCAAAGCUUCUACAGAUUAUAAUGUGCUUCCAGCUACAGAGAAUCCACUGCUCAAGCAUCUAAAAUCUGUUGGAAAUCUUGUGAAUGAUAGAUUAUAUAAGGAAGCAUAUGAAAAGGCCAAAGGAACAAGUAUUAACUACUGUGACACUCCAAAGUAUCAGCUUGACAACGUACUGAAAAAUUUCAGUGAUGUCAAAUACAAAGAGGCUUAUCAGAACAAUAUCCUUGGCCGCUACAUAGGCAGUUUUGAAGACCCAUAUCAAACACACUGCAUGAAGAUUGAAGCCAUGAAGAGUGAUAAAAACUACAAAGCAGACUAUGAAGAGGACAAGUCAAAAUGCUACUUCCCACAGACCAUAACUCAAGAAUAUGAGGCCAUGAAGAAGCUAGACCAGUGCAAAGAUUAUGUCUACAAAAAGCAUCCUGAUCAGAUCAAAUUUACACAAGUGACAGACUCACCUGUUCUGCUACAAGCACAGAUUAAUUCCAAGCAGCUGAGUGAUUUGAACUACAAAGCCAAACAUGAGAAUGAGAAGUUCAAAUGUUCCAUUCCUGCAGAUGCCCCUUUUUUUCUCCAGUCCAGAGUCAAUGCAUAUAACCUCAGUGAUAACUGCUAUAAGUAUGACUGGGAACAAUUAAAAGACAAGAAAUUUGAUAUCAAGAUGGAUGCCAUUCCUAUCCUUGCUGCUAAAGCCAAUCGAAAGAUUGCAAGUGAUGUGGAGUACAAGAAGGGUUAUGAACAGGGCAAAGGGAAGAUGAUUGGAGCUUUGAGCAUUGAAGAUGAUCCCAAAAUGAUGCUUUCUCGGAAAGUGGCCAAACUACAGAGUGAUAGAUUAUAUAAGGAAGCAUAUGAAAAGAAUAAAGGAAUAAGUAUUAACUACUGUGACACUCCAAAAUAUCAAGUCGACAAUGUUCUGAAAAACUUCAGUGAGGUGAAAUAUAAAGAACCAUAUAUAAAUAAUAUCUUGGGCCACUACAUAGGCACUUUUGAAGACCCAUAUCAAACACACUGUAUGAAAAUUGAAGCCAUGAAGAGUGAUAAAAAUUACAAAGCAGACUAUGAAGAGGACAAGUCAAAAUGCUACUUUCCACAGACCAUAACUCAAGAAUAUGAAGCCAUAAAGAAACUAGACCAGUGCAAAGAUUAUACCUACAAAAAACAUCCUGACAAGAUCAAAUUUACACAAGUGACAGACUCGCCUGUUCUGGUACAAGCACAGAUUAAUUCCAAGCAGCUGAGCGAUUUGAACUAUAAAGCCAAACAUGAGAGUGAGAAGUCCAAAUGUUCGAUAUCUCCAGAUGCUCCUCUGUUCCUUCAGUCCAGAGUCAAUGCAUAUAACCUCAGUGAUAACUGGUACAAGUAUGAUUGGGAGCAAUCAAAAGACAAGAAAUUUGACAUCAAAAUGGAUGCCAUUCCAAUCCUUGCUGCUAAAGCCAAUCGAAAGAUUGCAAGUGAUGUGGAGUAUAAGAAGGGUUAUGAACAGAGCAAAGGGAAGUUAAUUGGAGCUUUGAGCAUUGAAGAUGAUCCCAAAAUGGUGCUUUCUCGGAAAGUGGCCAAACUGCAGAGUGAUCGUGAAUACAAAAAAGGUUAUGAGGAGUCAAAGACCAGGUACACAGCACCGUUGGACAUGAUUUCAGUCAUCCAAGCAAAGAAAGCACAGGCGAUUGUCAGCAACACAGAUUACAAGCAUCUCAUUCAUAAUUACUCCUAUCCUCCUGACAGUAUUCCUGUGGAACUUGCCAAGAAGGCUAAUGCUAUACAAAGUGAUAAUGAAUAUAAAGCUGACUACAACAGUUGGAUGAAAGGUUGUGGUUGGGUGCCAUAUGGGUCCAUGGAUGCAGAAAAAAAUAAGAGAGCAUCAGAUAUUCUUAAUGAGAAAAAAUAUCGUCAGCAUCCGGACACUCUAAAGUUUACACAAAUUGAUGAUGAUCCUAUUGUAGUACAAGCUAAAAUCAACCAAGCCCAAAGGAGUGAUGUACUUUAUAAAGCCAAAAACGAAGCCAUAAUUCACAAAUACCAUCUUCCAGCAGAUGCGCCUCAAUUUAUCCAGGCAAAGGUUAAUUCCUACAAUAUUAGUGAUAAUUACUACAAACUGGGGCUAGAUGAAAUGAAAACAAAGGGGUAUGACCUGAGAAAUGAUGCCAUUUCCAUCAAAGCUGCCAAGGCAGCUAGAAACACUGCCAGUGAUUUCCAGUAUAAAAAGGACUAUGAAAGUGCCAAGGGUAAAUUGGUUGGCUUUAGGAGCCUCCAAGAUGAUCCCAAGUUGGUCCAUUAUAUGAAUGUCGCCAAGAUGCAGUCAGAACGAGAGUACAGGAAAGCAUAUGAGGAGAGCAAGACCAAAUACAACACUCCGCUGGAUAUGGUCAAUGUUGUAGCUGCCAAGAAGGCCCAAGAUAUUGCCAGCAAUACAAACUAUAAGCAUUUGGUGCAUCAUUACACUUUCCUGCCUGAUGCUAUAAGUGUGGAACGAUCUAAAAACAUGAUGCAGAUCCAGAGUGAUAAUCUUUACAAGGCAGAUUUUAAUAGCUGGAUGAAAGGCAUUGGGUGGAUCCCAAUUGGUUCACUGGAUGUAGAGAAAGCUAAAAAAGCAGGAGAUGCUUUGAAUGAGAAGAAAUACCGCCAGCACCCGGACACUAUCAAAUUUACCAGUGUGGUAGAUUCACCUGUCAUGGUCCAGGCUAAGCAGAAUGCACUUCAGCUCAGCGAUAGACUAUACAAAUCUUCCGGAGAAGAAAUGAAGCACACAUAUCACUUAACCCCAGAUGCCCCUCAGUUUAUUCAGGCUAAAUACAACGCAGCUAACAUUAGUGAUACAUAUUAUAAACAUGGCUAUCAUGAAUUAAUAGCAAAAGGGCACAAUGUAUUGGGUGAUGCUAUUCCAAUUACUCUAGCCAAAGCCUCAAGAAACAUUGCUAGUGAUUACAAAUACAAAGCAGCCUAUGAGAAGGCAAGAGGAAAACAUGUUGGCUUCAGAAGCCUGCAAGAUGAUCCCAAGCUUGUCCACUCUAUGAAUGUGGCAAAGAUGCAGUCUGAGCGUGAGUACAAAAAGGACUAUGAGAAGAGCAAGACUUGCUAUCACACGCCUGUGGAGAUGGUCAGCAUCCAAGCUGCCAAGCAAGCCCAGGACGUCGCCUCCAAUUCCCACUACAAACACCUGCUCCAUCACUAUACCUACUUGCCGGAUGCCAUGAGUGUUGAGCUGGCUAGGAACAUGAAUCAAAUUCAGAGUGAUAAUGUAUACAAGCAAGACUACAACAGCUGGUUCAAAGGAAUUGGAUGGAGUCCACUUGGCUCCCUGGAUGUAGAAACAGUGAAAAAGGCUGGAGAGGCAUUAAAUGAAAGGAAAUAUCGCCAACAGCCAGGCACGCUCAAAUUCACAAGCUUAGUAGAUUCAAUGCCUAUGGUUUUGGCUCAGAAGAACACCCAGCAACUGAGCGAUAUAAACUAUAAGGUAGCAGGUGAAAAAAUGAAACAUACGUACCACCUGGAUCCUGAUGUCCCUCAGUUUAUCCAAGCAAGGGUCAAUGCCUACAAUAUAAGCGAUACUUCUUACAAAGCAGACUGGAAGAAGAUUCUUGCAAAGGGGUACGAUCUGAAGCCAGAUGCCAUUCCUAUAAUUGCUGCAAAAGCUUCAAGAAAUAUUGCUAGUGACUACAAAUACAAGGAAUCAUAUGAGAAAGAUAAAGGAAAGCAAGUUGGAUUCCGCAGCCUGCAAGACGAUCCUAAAUUGGUUCAUUAUAUGAAUGUGGCCAAACUCCAGUCUGAUCGUGAAUACAAGAAGGCCUAUGAAAGCAGCAAGACUAAGUAUCAUUCACCUUUGGACAUGUUCAGUGUGAUGGCUGCAAAAAAGGGCCAGGAAGUGGUCACUGAGACAAAUUACAGACAACACCUGCAUAAUUACACUCUUUUGCCUGAUGCCAUGAGUGUGGAAUUGUCCAGGAACAGGAUGCAGAUACAGAGUGAUAAUCUUUACAAAACUGAUUUCAAUAACUGGUUGAGAGGAGUUGGCUGGGUGCCAAUUCAGUCUCUGGAGGUUGAAAAGGCAAAGAAGGCCACUGAGAUUCUCUGUGAAAAGAAAUAUCGUCAGCACCCAGACAAGCUGAAAUACACCAUUGACAUGGAUGCGAUGGAGCAGGUGCUUGCUAAGCAAAAUGCUCAUACCAUGAAUAAGAGACUGUAUAUUGAAAAAUGGAACAAAGAGAAGACUGAUAUUCAUGUGAUGCCUGACACUCCAGAAAUAGUUCUUUCCAGAGCCAACCAAGUCACCAUGAGCAAUAAACUAUACAAGGCUGGCUGGGAAGAACAGAAGAAGAAAGGUUAUGAUCUGAGGUCAGAUGCUAUCUCAAUAAAAGCUGCCAGAGCUUCUAGGGACAUUGCAAGUGAUUACAAAUACAAACUGGCCUUUGAACAAUCAAGAGGAAAACAUAUUGGAUUCCGUAGCCUAGAAGAUGACCCUAAGCUGGUGCACUUUAUGAAUGUUGCUAAAAUGCAAUCAGAUCGUGAAUACAAAAAGGGCUAUGAGAAAUCAAAGACCAGGUUCCACACCCCAGUUGACAUGUUCAGUGUAGUAGCCGCCAAGAAAGGACAGGAGGUGGCAACUAAUAUAAACUACAGGAACAUUAUCCACACUUACAAUGUUUUGCCAGAUGCAAUGAAUCUUGAGUUGGCCAAAAACAUGAUGCAGAUACAGAGUGAUAAUCAGUACAAAGCAGACUAUGAUGAGUACAUGAAGGGGGUUGGAUGGAUUCCCUUAGGUUCUCUAGAAGCUGAGAAGAACAAGAAGGCCAUGGAGAUUGUCAGUGAGACGAAAUACAGGCAGCAUCCAGACAAACUGAAGUAUUCUAUUCUGAUGGAUUCCAUGCCCAUGGUCCUGGCUACAAGUAAUGCAAAAAUUAUGGAUGAGCAUCUUUACAAAAAGGACUGGGAGGCAGAUAAAACUAAAAUUCACAUCACACCGGACAUUCCUGAGAUUCUUUUGGCAAAAGCCAAUGCAUUUAACAUCAGCAAUAAAAUGUACAAACUUUCCUUGGAAGAAGCAAAGAAGAAAGGAUGUGACAUCAGGGCUGAUGCAAUCCCUAUUCAAGCUGCAAAAGCUUCCAGAGACAUCGCCAGUGAUUACAAAUACAAAUUAGGUUAUGAAAAGGACAAGGGUAAACUUGUUGGCUUCCGCAGCCUCCAGGAUGACCCAAAACUUGUCCAUUUCAUGCACGUUGCUAAAAUGCAGUCGGAUCGGGAGUACAGGAAAGCCUAUGAAACCAGCAAGACCAGGUACAACACGCCUGCUGACACUUUCAGUGUCAUGGCUGCUAAAGAAGCACAGGCAAAUAUCACCAACACCAACUACAAAAGACUCAUCCAUAAAUACAUCCUCCUGCCUGAUGCAAUCAAUGUAGAACUGGCCAGAAACAUGAAUCGGAUUCAAAGUGAUCAUGAAUACAAGCAAGAUUACAAUGAAUGGUACAAAGGACUUGGUUGGAGUCCUGCAGGAUCCCUUGAGGUUGAAAAGUCAAAGAAAGCCACUGAAAUUGCAAGUGAUACAAAGUACCGCCAGCACCCAAGUAGUUUCCCCUUUAGGAAAAUGACCGAUUCAAUGGAUUUGGAACUUGCAAAGUACAAUGCUGGUGUUAUGAAUAAGCAUUCAUACAUAGAGGCAUGGGAGAAGGACAAGACAAAGAUUCAUGUGAUGCCAGAUACACCAGAUAUUAUGCAGGCCAAAGCAAACAAGUUUAAUUACAGCCAGAAACUGUAUAAACUUGGAUAUGAAGAGAUGUUAAAGAAAGGUUAUGACCUCAGUGCUGAAGCAAUUUCAGUGAAAGCAGCGAAAGCAUCAAGAGACAUUGCCAGUGAUUACAAGUACAAGGAAGGCUACAGAAAGCAACAGGGACAUCACAUUGGAUUCCGUAACUUACAAGAUGAUCCCAAACUUGUGCAUUCUAUGAAGGUAGCCAAGAUACAGAGUGAGAGAGAAUAUAAGAAAGACUUUGAGAAAUGGAAGACCAAGUACACCAGUCCUGUGGACAUGCUGGGUGUCUUGUUGGCCAAGAACUGUCAGAAACUGGUCAGCGAUAUUGAUUACCGUAAUUAUUUGCACCAAUGGACCUGUCUCCCAGACCAAAAUGAUGUUAUCCAUGCAAAGAAAGUAUAUGAAAUACAAAGUGAUAAUGCAUAUAAAGCAGACCUUGACUGGCUGAAAGGCAUUGGAUGGAACACGUUUGGUUCUCUAGAGUCAGAAAAGAACAAGAAAGCUUCUGAGAUUCUGAAUGAAAAGAAAUAUCGCCAGCAUCCAGACACCAUUAAAUUUACAAGUAUUCCUGAUUCACUGGAGGUGAUUUUGGCAAAAGAGAACUCCAAGCACCGAAGUGAUAGACUUUAUAGAGAAGCUUGGGAUAAGGAUAAGACUCAAAUUCACAUCAUGCCUGACACACCUGAAAUAAUUUUGUCCAGAGCCAACUUAAUUAACACGAGUGAUAAACUGUACAAGUUAGGAUAUGAAGAACUGAAAAAGAAAGGCUAUGACCUUCCACCUGAUGCCAUAUCACUCAAGGCAGCAAAAGCAUCUAGAGAUAUUGCCAGUGAAUACAAAUACAAAGAUGGAUAUCGCAAGCAGCUUGGCCAUCAUGUGGGAGCGCGCAGCAUACAAGAUGACCCUAAACUUGUACAUUCUAUGAAUGUUGCCAAGCUGCAGAGUGAGAGGGAAUACAAGAAAGACUUUGAGAAAUGGAAGACCAAGUACACCAGUCCUGUGGAUAUGCUGGGUGUCUUAUUGGCCAAGAAUUGUCAGAAGUUGGUCAGUGAUGUUGAUUACCGCCAUUAUCUGCACCAGUGGACUUGUCUUCCAGAUCAGAAUGAUGUUGUUCAUGCCAGGAAAACAUAUGAUAUUCAAAGUAAUAAUGUUUAUAAAUCAGAUCUUGAAUGGCUAAAGGGCAUCGGAUGGUCUCCAAGUGGUUCCCUGGAAGCUGAGAAGAAUAAGAAAGCUUCCCAGAUCCUGAGUGACCAUUUAUACAGACAGCACCCUGAUACUCUCAAAUUCACCAGUCCUAUUGAUUCCCUGCCAAUGGCUUUGGCAAAGCAUAACUCUGAAAUUAUGAACCAUCGUAUGUAUAUUGACGCUUGGAAUAAGGACAAAACCAGCAUCCAUAUCAUGCCAGAUACUCCUGAAAUUCUACUGUCACAGCAGAACAAAAUCAACUAUAGUGAUAAAUUAUAUAAACUUGCAUUGGAAGAGUCCAAGAAGAAAGGGUAUGAUCUUCGAGUAGAUGCUAUUCCAAUCAAAGCUGCUAAAGCUUCUAGAGACAUUGCAAGUGAGUAUAAAUACAAAGAAGGCUAUCGCAAGCAGCUUGGCCACCAUGUUGGAGCUCGCAGCAUACAGGAUGAUCCUAAGCUUGUGCAUUCUAUGAAUGUAGCCAAGAUGCAGAGUGAGAGAGAGUAUAAGAAAGACUUUGAGAAAUCAAAGACAAAGUAUAGCACUCCUGUGGACAUGCUGGGUGUCUUAUUGGCCAAGAACUGUCAGAAACUGGUCAGCGAUGUUGAUUACCGCCAUUAUUUGCACCAGUGGACCUGUCUCCCAGACCAAAAUGAUGUCAUCCAUGCAAAGAAAGUAUAUGAAUUACAAAGUGAUAACUGCUACAAAUCAGAUAUGGAAUGGAUGAGAGGCAUUGGCUGGGUACCCAUUGGCUCACUGGACACUGAGAAAGCCAAGAAGGCUGGACAGAUCCUAAGUGAAAAGCUCUAUCGUCAGCCACCAGACAAAUUUAAAUUCACCAGUGUGACAGAUUCUCUGGAAAUGGCUUUGGCCAAGCACAAUGCAGAAACAAUGAAUAAGCGUUUGUACACUGAAGCCUGGGAUAAAGAUAAGACUCAAAUCCACAUAAUGCCUGAUACCCCUGAAAUCACACUGGCUAGACAAAACAAGAUGAACUACAGUGAGAGUCUGUAUAAACUCUCCCUGGAAGAAGCAAAGAAGAGAGGUUAUGACUUACGAAUUGAUGCAAUUCCAAUCCAAGCUGCCAAGGCAUCAAGAAAUAUUGCCAGUGAUUAUAAAUACAAAGAAGGCUAUCGGAAGCAGCUUGGCCACCAUGUUGGAGCUCGCAGCGUACAGGAUGACCCUAAACUUGUGCAUUCUAUGAAUGUAGCCAAGAUGCAGAGUGAGAGAGAAUAUAAGAAAGACUUUGAGAAAUGGAAGACCAAGUACACCAGUCCUGUGGACAUGCUGGGUGUCUUAUUGGCCAAGAACUGUCAGAAACUAGUCAGCGAUGUUGAUUACCGCCAUUAUUUGCACCAAUGGACUUGUCUCCCAGACCAAAAUGAUGUCAUCCAAGCUAGAAAGGCCUAUGAUCUACAGAGUGAUAAUUACUACAAAUGUGACCUUCAGUGGAUGAAAGGGAUUGGCUGGGUCCCUAUUGGUUCAUUAGACGUUGAAAAAGCCAAAAAGGCUGGAGAAAUCCUAAGUGAAAAGCUUUACCGUCAGCCACCAGACAAGUUCAAAUUCACCAGUGUGACAGACUCUCUAGAAAUGACCUUGGCAAAGCAUAAUGCAGAAACAAUGAAUAAGCGCUUAUACACUGAAGCCUGGGAUAAAGACAAAACUACAAUCCAUGUUAUGCCUGAUACACCUGAAAUUGUGCUAGCAAAACUCAACAAACUGAACUACAGUGAAAAACUAUAUAAACUGGCUAUGGAAGAAGCAAAGAAGGAAGGAUAUGACCUACGUGUUGAUGCUAUUCCAAUUCAAGCUGCCAAAGCUUCCAGAAAUAUUGCCAGUGAUUACAAAUACAAAGAAGGCUAUCGGAAGCAGCUUGGCCACCAUGUGGGAGCUCGCAGCAUACAAGACGACCCUAAACUUGUACAUUCUAUGAAUGUUGCCAAGAUGCAGAGUGAGAGGGAAUAUAAGAAAGACUUUGAGAAAUGGAAGACCAAGUACACUAGCCCUGUGGAUAUGCUGGGUAUUUUAUUAGCCAAGAAUUGCCAGAAACUGGUCAGCGAUAUUGAUUACCGCCAUUAUCUGCACCAGUGGAUAUGUUUACCUGAUCAGAAUGAUGUCAUCCAAGCUAGAAAGGCCUAUGAUUUACAGAGUGAUGCUAUUUACAAACAAGAUCUGGAAUGGCUUAAAGGUAUUGGGUGGGUUCCUGCUGGCUCCUUGGAAGUUGAAAAGGUGAAGAGAGCAGGGGAAAUCCUAAGUGAAAAGAAGUAUCGACAGCCACCUGAUCAGUUUAGGUUUACCAGCAUCACAGAUUCUUUGGAGAUGGAGUUGGCAAAACAUAAUGCUGAGGUGAUGAACAAGCGAUUAUACACUGAAGCCUGGGAUGCUGACAAAAAAACGAUUCAUGUUAUGCCGGAUACCCCAGAGAUUUUGCUGGCAAAAGCAAAUUCAGCCAACAUUAGCCAUAGGCUGUACAUUGAAGGAUGGGAGGAAGCAAAGAAGAAAGGCUAUGACCUGAGAGCAGAUGCCAUUCCAAUCCGAAGUGCAAAAGCAUCAAGGGAUAUAGCUAGUGAUUAUAAAUACAAAGACGCAUAUGAGAAGCAGAGAGGACACUAUGUUGGGGUCAAAUGCCUUCAAGAUGACCCCAAAUUGGUGUGGUUUACCCAUGUAGCCAAAAUCCAGAGUGAAAGAGAAUACAAGAAGGACUUUGAGAAAUGGAAAACAAAGAUCCAUAGCCCUGUUGACAUGCUCUCAAUCUUGUUGGCUAAGAAUUGUCAGAAGUUGGUCAGUGAUGUGGAUUAUCGCCGUUACUUGCAUGAAUGGACUUGCCUGCCAGACCAGAAUGACGUCAUUCAGGCGAAGAAAGCGUAUGAUCUACAAAGUGAUAAUGUGUACAAGUCAGAUAUGGAAUGGCUGCGUGGUAUUGGUUGGAUCCCAGAAGGUUCCUUGGAAGUCCAAAAAGUGAAGAAAGCACAGGAGAUCCUGAAUGACAGAAUGUACCGUCAACGACCAGACUCUAUUAAAUUCACCACUAUUGUUGACUCUCCUGAAAUUGUUUUGGCUAAGGCCAAUGCUCUGCUUCAGAGUGGGGCAUUAUAUCGUGAGGUCUGGGAUAAAGAAAAGACACAGUUCACUCUUCCUCCUGAUACUCCUGAGAUGGUUCUGUCCAAGGCAAAUGCUCUGAAUGUCAGCAAAAAAUAUUACCAAUCAGGAUGGGAAGAAGCUAAGAAGAAAGGUCAUGAUUUGAGAGUGGAUGCCAUUGAAAUUCAACACGCCAAGGCUUCUAGAAAUAUUGCCAGUGAGUAUAAGUACAAAGAAGGUUACCGUAAGCAAGUUGGACAUCAUGUUGGGUUCCGGGACAUUUACGAUGACCCCAAGCUGGUAUUGGCUAUGCAAGUAGCCAAAAUGCAAAGUGAAAGGGAGUACAAGAAAUAUUUUGAGAAAUUCAAGACCAAGUUCAACAGUCCAGUGGACAUGCUGUCCAUCCUGUUGGCCAAGAACUGCCAGAAGCUGGUUAGUGAUAUCGAUUACCGCCACUACUUGCAUCAGUGGACAUGCCUUCCUGACCAGAAUGAUGUAAUCCAAGCCAAGAAAGCCUAUGAGCUACAGAGUGAUAAUGUGUACAAAUCAGACCUGGAAUGGCUGCGUGGUGUUGGCUGGAUGCCAGAAGGUUCUGUGGAAGUGCUCAAAGUGAAGAAAGCUCAAGAGAUACUGAAUGACAGAUUGUAUAAGCAGCCACCGGAUGCACUGAAAUUUACCAGUAUUGCUGAUCCACCACCUGUUGUCUUGGCUAAGAUCAAUGCCCAACAAAUCAGUGAGAAUCUAUAUCGUGAAGCCUGGGAUAAAGAUAAGACUCAGUUCCAUCUUCCUGCAGAUACCCCUGGAAUGCUGCAGGCAAAGGUCAAUGCGCUCACUAUAAGCAAUAAACAUUAUACUGGAGCCUGGGAUGAAGCCAAGGCGAAAGGUUAUGACAUCAGAGCUGAUGCUAUUUCUAUCAAGCAUGCUAAAGCUUCCAGAGACAUUGCCAGUGAGUACAAGUACAAAGAAGCUCACGAGAAACAGAAAGGCCAUUAUAUUGGAAGUCCAUCAGUAAAGGCAGAUCCCAAACUUUCAUGGGCUGCCAAAGUACUGAAGAUGCAAAAUGACAGACUGUAUAAGCAGGCUUACAACAAUUCAAAAGCCAAGAUCACAAUUCCAGUUGAGGCGGUGGCCAUCCAAGCAGCUAAGCAAUGCCAGUCUUUAGUAAGUGAUGUUGAAUAUCGUCAUCGCUUGCACCAGUGGUCUUGUCUGCCAGACCAAAAUGAUGUGAUCCAGGCAAGGAAAGCCUAUGACCUACAGAGUGAUGCUGUGUACAAGUCAGAUAUGGAAUGGCUCCGGGGUGUUGGAUGGAUACCACAUGAGUCUCCAAUAGUGAAGAGGGUAAAAUUUGCCCAAGACAUAUUGAGUGAUAAUGUGUAUCGCACCCCUGCUGAUCGUCUGAAAUUCACCAACAUUGUUGACACACCGGAGAUUGUUCUUGCCAAACUUAAUUCCGAGCAACUCAGCCUCGCUAAAUACAGAGAAGCUUGGGAUAAAGAUAAAACUAUGAUCCAUGUGAUGCCAGACACACCUGAAAUCAUGCUGUCUAGGGCUAAUGCUGUCAACGUGAGUCAUAAACUUUACAGAGAAGCCUGGGAUGACAUCAAGAAAUAUAUUGAUUACAGAGCUGAUGCAGUCCCAAUCAAGACAGCCAAAGCCUCAAGAGAAAUUGCCAGUGAUUACAAAUACAAAGAAGGGUAUCGAAAGCAACUUGGUCACCAUGUUGGGUUCCGGAACCUCCACGAUGAUCCCAAGCUGGUAUUGGCUAUGCAAGUAGCCAAAAUGCAAAGUGAAAGGGAGUACAAGAAAUAUUUUGAGAAAUUCAAGACCAAAUUCAACAGUCCAGUGGACAUGCUGUCCAUCUUGUUGGCCAAGAACUGCCAGAAGCUGGUUAGUGAUAUCGAUUACCGCCACUACUUGCAUCAGUGGACAUGCCUUCCUGACCAGAAUGAUGUAAUCCAAGCCAAGAAAGCCUAUGAGCUACAGAGUGAUGCUGUUUAUAAAUCUGACCUGGAAUGGCUACGUGGAAUUGGCUGGAUGCCAAAUGACUCUAUCACAGUGAACCACGUCAAACAUGCUCAGGACAUUCUGAGUGAGAGACAGUAUCGUACAAAAGUUGACAGCCAGCCUUUUACCCCAGUAGCUGACAGGGUUGACUACAUCACAGCCAAACAAGGCGGGGAAAUAUUAAGCGAUAUUAAGUACCACCAGGAAUGGAAUAACAUCAAGACAAAAUAUACAUUGACAGAGACACCCCAACUGGAAGCAGCUAGAGAAGCAGCCAGGAUUCUUAAUCAUAAUCUGUACAAGGAGAACUGGGAGAAAGAAAAAGCUACUGGUUAUCUUUUGCCUCAUGACAGCGUGCCUAUUCGUCAUGCCAAACACUCAAGUGAUGUCCAAAGUGAGAUGAAAUACAAGGCAGACUAUAUCAAUCAAAGAGGUCACUAUGUUGGAGUCAAUAAUAUGAGAGAGGACCCAAAAUUGGUGUGGUUUGAGCAUGCAGGCAAGAUCCAGAAUGACAGAUUAUACAAACAGGCCUAUAACAAAACCAAGUCCAAAAUUCACAUUCCUCCAGAUAUACUGUCGGUUAUUGCAGCAAAAGACUGCCAGCACGUUGUCAGUGAAAUUCCAUAUCGUCAUUACCUUCAUGAAUGGACAUGUCAUCCUGAUCAAAAUGAUUGCAUCCAGGCAAAGAAAGCAUAUGAUCUUCAAAGUGAUAAUUUAUAUAAAUCUGAUCUGGAAUGGAUCCGUGGCUGUGGUUGGAUUCCUCUAGAUUCAGUGGAGCAUUGUAAAGUAAAGAAGGCUCAAGACUUGAUAAACAAGAGACUCUACACAAAAGAAGCCAUUAAUAAUUUUGCCAAUUUCACCCCUGUUGAAGACCCUCCAGAUGUUGUUUUGGCCAAGGCAAACUCAAUCAAUCAGAGUGAUCUGAAAUACAAAGAAACCUUUAAUCUUGAAAAAGGUCACUACAUUGGCUCAGAUGACACUCCAGCCCUGAGUCAUUCUAGAGAAAUGGCUAAGCUCUGUAGUGAUUUUGUGUACAAGGAGUCAUGGGAACAAGGCAAGGCCAUUGGGUAUACUCUGCCUCCAGAUUACAUCCCUAUUGUUGGAGCCAAACACGCUGAUUAUAUUAAUAGUCAGCUGAAAUAUAAAGAUGUGUAUGAGAAGCAGAAGGGCCAUUAUCUGGCUGGAACACACAUAAAUGAUUUCCCAAGUGUUGUCCAUUCUCUUGCUUUCCAAAAAAUAAGGAGUGCGCUGGCCUACAGGAAGAAUUAUGAGGACACCAAGGCACACAUUCAUAUCCCAAGUGACAUGAUAAAUCAUGUGCUGGCCAAGAAAUGCCAGUAUAUCCUCAGCGACCUUGAAUACCGGACCUACUUGCACCAGUGGAACUGUUCACCUGAGGAACACGAUGUCAUCAUGGCUAGAAGAGCUCAGGAAAUUCUAAGUGAUGUUUUAUACAAGGACGACUUAACAUGGCUGAAAGGAAUUGGAUGCUAUGUAUGGGACACUCCUCAAAUCCUGCAUGCUAAGAAGUCAUAUGAUCUUCAGAGUCAGCUGAAAUACACAAAAGCAGGAAAAGACAAUUUACCAAACUACAGUGUGGUCAUGGACACUCCAGUUUAUGUAACUGCUGUCCAGAGUAGUAUCAAUGCUAGUGAUUUGAAAUACAAAGAAGAAUAUCAGAAAACCAAGGACCAAUAUACCACAGUAUUGGAAACAGUAGAUCAUGAGAGGACUCAGAACCUGAAGCAUCUUUUCAGCAACAACUUAUACAAGGACGCCUGGGAGAAAGUGAAAUCCACCAGCUUUACCUUGCCUCCUGAUGCUGUGCCACUGGUUCGGGCCAAAGAACUGAAGCAUAAUGCCAGCAUCGUGAAGUAUCGUGAGGAAUAUGACAGGUUUAAAGCCCUUUACACUCUACCUAGAGGUGUUCAAGAUGAUCCCAACACUGCAAGAUGCCUAAGAGUUGGCAAGUUGAAUCUUGAUCGCUUAUAUAGAGAAACCUAUGAGAAGAACAAAGCCAAAAUCCAUAUCGUACCAGACAUGGUGGACAUUGUAUCUGCUAAGAGCACACAGAAGAAAGUCAGUGAAAUUGAUUAUCGCAUCCGUCUUCAUGAAUGGGCCAACAUUCCAGAUCUUCAUGCUAAUGCUCUUGCUCGAAAAGUCAAUGAUCAACUUAGUGAUAUUGUGUAUAAAGACGACCUCAACUGGCUCAAAGGCAUAGGUUGCUUUGUUUGGGACACUCCUGAAAUUCUCCAUGCCAAACAUGCCUAUGACCUUCGCGAUGAUUUCAAAUACAAGGCAAAAGCAGAAAAGAUGAAGAGCAAAUACACCGUGGUCAUGGACACGCCUGUCUAUGUUCAGAAUGUCCUGAGUGGAAUGAAUCUGAGCGAUGCUGUUUACCGCCAUGACUAUGUGAAAAAUAUCAAGGGGAAAUAUACGCCAGUGGAUAAGACUGUGGACCUGGAGCGGGCAACUCAUGCAUACAAGAUACAGAAUGAAGCUCUCUACCGAAAUGCAGGCUUACGUGCACUUCCCACUGGAUACAAACUCCCAGCAGAUACUCCUGGUUUCAAGCAUGCUAAACAUGCCCAAUACAUUGGCAGUUAUUUGAAAUACAAGGAAGUCUAUGAACAUAUCAAGGCUAAAGGUUACAACUUUGGACCCAAAGCUGUUCCAUUUGUAACUACAAGAAAAGUCAAUAAAAUUCUCAAUGAGAGGCUGUAUCGGGAGACUUACCACAAAAAUAAGGAUAAGAUUCAUACCACACCUGACACACCAGAAAUUCGCCAAGUGAAAACAAACCAGGAAUCUAUCAGUGAUCUAAUCUACAGGACUGACUUCUUCAAGAUGCAAGGUCAUUUGAUUUCAAUGCCGUAUACUCCUCAGACAAUACACAGUCGUUAUGUUGGAGAAAUUACAAGUGAUGUUAAAUAUAAAAGUGAUCUACAGUGGCUGAGAGGCCUGGGCUGCUUCCUGUAUGAUACUCCUGAUAUGGUCCGUGCUCGGCAUUUACGAAAGCUCUGGUCUAACUAUGUCUAUACCGAAGCCGCAAAGAAGAUGCAUGAUAAAUAUCGUCUGGUUCUGGACACUCCUGAGUACAGGAACAUCCAGGAAUUAAAGACCCAUUUGAGUGAACUUGUAUACCGAGCUGCAGGCAAAGAGCAAAAGACAAAGUACACAUCUAUCCUUGAUACACCGGAUUUUGAAAGGGCCAAGAGAGGACAGAAACUGCAGAGUAAGUACUUGUAUAUUGAACUUGCCACCAAGGAAAGACCUCACCACCAUGCUGGAAAUCAGACACCUGCUUUGCAGCUUGCUAAGCAUGUGAAGCACUUUGCCAGUGAGAAAAAAUACAAAGCCCAGUAUGAGAAGUUGAAGCACAAGUAUGUAACUAUUCCUGACACACCAAUCCUCAUCAGGGCCAAGAAAGCCUACUUGAAUGCUAGUGAUCUGCGCUACAAGGAAACCUUUGAAAAAGCAAAGGGUAAAUACCACACUGUGAAAGAUGCCCUGGAUAUUGUGUAUCAUCGCAAGGUCACUGAUGAUAUCAGCAAAGUAAAAUAUAAGGAAAAGUACAUUAGCCAACUUGGAAUCUGGAGAUCCAUUCCAGACCGUCCAGACCAUUUCCACCACCGUGCAGUCACCGAUGCUGUCAGUGAUGUGAAAUACAAAGAAGACUUAACAUGGCUCAGAGGCAUUGGUUGUUAUGCAUGGGAUACACCUGAUCUUGUUCUUGCAGAAAAGAAUAAAUCACUGUACAGCCCGUGUAAGUACAAGGAAUCCUUUGAAAAAAUGAAGUCCAAAUUCCAGUAUGUUGCUGACACUCCAGUUAAUAGGCAUGUUAAGUAUGCAACUCAGUUGGUAAAUGAGAAAUUGUACAAAUCUGAAUAUGAGAAGAAGAAGGACAAGUAUUCUCUUGUGGUGGAUGACCCCAAAACCUUGCUGGCCAAAUGGGGAGGUGAACUUAGCAGUCAGUACAAGUACAAAAGGCUGUAUGAAAAGCAGAAAGACAAAUUUACAAGUGUUGUGGAUACUCCAGAACAUCUGAGGACUACCAAGGUCAACAAGCAAAUCAGUGAUAUCCUCUACAAGUUAGAGUACAACAAGGCCAAACCAAAGGGCUAUACUGCAAUUCACGAUACCCCCAUGGUACUCCAUGUACGCAAAGUUAUGGACAGAAUAAGUGAGCUAAAAUACAAAGAACUCUACCAACAGAAUAAGUCUCACUGCAAUAUUGUUCCAGACUCAGUUCAUAUUAAGGCUGCUAAGCAGGCUUACAAAGUAAACACCAAUCUGGAUUAUAAGAAGAAAUAUGAAGCAGCCAAGGCUCACUGGCACUGGACAGUGGACAGACCAGACUUCAUCCAAGCUGCAAAAUCAUCUUUGCAACAGAGUGAUUAUGAGUACAAACUUGACCGAGAGUGGCUAAAAGGAUGCAAGCUAUCUGUAACAGAUGACAAAAACACAGUGCUGGCACUGCAGAAUGCAAUCUUGGCAAGCGAUUUAAAAUAUAAAGAGAAGCAUAACAAGGAAAGAGGAACUAUCCAUGCAGUUGCAGAUACUCCUCAGAUCCUUCUUGCAAAAUCUGUUAGCUCUCUUGUGUCUGAGAACAAAUAUAAAGAACAUGCCAAAAAGCACCGUCCCCAUGGUACUUUUACAAAAUUGCCUGAAACACGAGAUACUGUUCAUGUCAAAGAAGUAACCAAGAAUGUCAGUGAGACAAAUUAUAAAAAGAAGUUUCAGAAAGAGAAAGGAAAAUCAAACUAUUCCAUCAUGCUGGAACCUCCUGAAGUGAAGCAUGCCAUUGAAGUGGCAAAGAAUCAGAGUAAUAUCCAAUACAAAAAAGAUGCCAAAUCAAAGCUCCAUUACACAAGUGUGGCAGAUCGGCCAGAUAUUAGGAAAGCAACUCAAGUCUCCCAUUUAGUCAGUGAUAUUGAAUACAAAGCCAAGGCUCGUGGAGAAGCUGGGAUGGGGGUCAGCAUGCUUGGACGUCCUGAUAUUGAACUUGCUAAAGAAGUGUCCAAACUUACAAGCCAGGCAGAAUACAUCAAAGGACACUUGAGGGGCCAUGGUGCUGCAUCGUAUGAUACACCCAUGAUGAGACACGUUAAGAAAGCUAAUGUCCUAAGUAGUCAUGUGAAAUAUAAAGAAAGGUUUGAUAAAGAGAAAGGAAAGAAGCCACAGUAUGACCUCAAGGAGAGCAAGAUCUACAAGACCUUGAAAGAUGCUCAUAACAUUGCAAGUGAGAUUAAGUAUAAAGCAGACCUGAAGAAACUUCACAAGCCAGUGACAGACAUGUCAGAAUCACUUUCAAUGAAUCAUGUGUUGAACACCAGCCAGCUGGCCAGUUCUUACCAGUACAAGAAGCAAUAUGAGAAGAGUAAAGGUCACUACCAUGUGGUUCCUGAUAACCUUGAACAGAUCCACCUAAAAGAAGCCUCAGAACUUCAGAGCAUAGUAAAGUACAAGGAAAAAUAUGAGAAGGAAAGAGGGAAGCCCAUGCUGGACUUUGAAACACCAACAUACAUCACUGCUAAGGAAUCUCAGCACAUGCAGAGUGAGAAAGAAUAUAAAAAAGACUAUGAAGAGUCCAUUAAAGGCAGAAACCUUUCCGGCCUGGAGAUUACACCAUCUUUAUUGCAUGUCAAAUAUGCCACCAAAAUAGCAAGCGAGAAAGAAUACAGGAGAGAUUUGGAAGAAGGUGUCAAAGGUAAAGGUCUCACCAUUGUAGAUGAGACCCCAGAUCUCCUCAGAGCAAAGAACGCAACUUCCAUCUUGAAUGAGAAAGAAUACAGGAGAGCUUUGGAUAUGGAAAUCAAAGGAAGAGGCCUGACAGCACUCGCACUGGAAACGCCUGAUUAUAUGAGGGCCAGGAAUGCCACAGACAUUGCUAGCCAGGUUAAAUAUAAGCAGUCUGCAGAAAUGGAAAAGGCCAACUAUACCACUGUUGUUGACACUCCAGAUAUCAUACAUGCACAACACGUGAAGAACUUUUCUAGUCAGAAAAAGUAUAAGGAGGAUGCAGAGAGAACCAUGUCUUACUAUGUGCCUGUUCUAGAAACACCUGAAAUGCAGAGAGUACGAGAGAACCAAAAGAACUUUAGCAUGCUUCGGUACCAACAUGAUUUCCAAGACAGCAAAGGAAAAGUAACGGUUGUACAUGAAACACCAGAAAUCCUCCGAGUUAAAGAAAACCAGAAGAACUUCAGCACGAUUUUAUAUAAAGAAGAUAUUGGAACAGGAACAGCUAUUGAAAAGACACCUGAGAUGCAGAGAAUUAAACAAACCCAGGAUGCAAUAAGCACGAUUAAGUACAAAGAACAAAUUGGAAAAGGAAUUCCCAUAUCUGAUCUUCCUGAAGUAAAACGUGUGAAGGAGACACAGAAGCACAUCAGCUCGGUUUUGUACAAAGAGAACACAGGGCAAGGAACUCCAAUAUCGGUUACUCCAGAGAUAGAGCGAGUCAAACGCAAUCAAGAACACAUUAGCUCGGUGGCUUACAAAGAAAAUGUGGGGACAGGAAUGGCAACUCCUGUCACCCCAGAAAUGGAGAGAGUGAAGCGUAAUCAGGAGAACAUUAGCUCGGUGUUGUACAAAGAGAAUUUAGGGGCUGGGACUCCUACACCUAUUACUCCUGAGAUGGAGAGAAUCAAACGCAAUCAAGAAAACUUUAGCUCGGUCCUAUAUAAAGAAACACUGGGGACAGGAAUCCCAACUCCUGUCACUCCAGAGACUGAGAGAGUCAAACACAACCAAGAAAUACUUAGCUCGGUGUUGUACAAAGAAAAUGUAGGGAAAGCAACCCCGACUCCAGUCACUCCUGAGAUGGAGAGAGUCAAACGCAGUCAAGAACACAUUAGCUCGGUUUUAUACAAAGAGGAACUGGGGAAAGGUACCCCUACACCUGUCACUCCUGAGAUGGAGAGAGUCAAACGCAAUCAAGAACACAUUAGCUCGGUUUUAUACAAAGAGGGACUGGGGAAAGGUACCCCUACACCCGUCACUCCCGAGAUGGAGAGAGCCAAGCGCAAUCAGGAAAUCAUUAGCUCGGUUUUAUACAAAGAAAAUUUGGGGCGAGCAACCCCAACACCUGUCACUCCAGAGAUGGAAAGAGCCAAACGCAAUCAAGAAAACGUUAGCUUGGUCUUGUACAAAGAAAGCCUGGGAAAAGGAACCCCGACACCUGUCACUCCAGAGAUGGAGAGAGCUAGACGCAAUCAAGAAAACAUUAGCGCGGUCCUCUAUUCUGAUAGCUUCCGGAAACAAGUACAAGGUAAAGCAGCGUUUGUCCUGGAUACACCUGAAAUGAGACGUGUUCGGGAAACACAACGACACAUUUCCACCGUGAAAUACCAUGAAGACUUUGAAAAGAGCAAAGGCAGCUUCACACCUGUAGUUACUGACCCCAUAACAGAACGUGUAAAAAAGAAUAUGCAGGACUUCAGUGACAUUAACUACAGAGGCAUUCAGCGACGAGUGGUGGAAAUGGAGCAGAAGCGGAUAGAUCAUGAUCAAGAAUUUAAUAACUUCACAGAUCUUCGUGUGUGGCGUACAAAUCCUGGAUCAGUCUUUGAUUAUGACCCAGCAGAAGACAACAUUCAGUCGAGAAGCUUACACUUGAUUACGGUUCAAGCCCAGCGACGCAGCCGAGAGCAAUCCCGUUCUGCCAGCGCACUCAGUCUCAGUGCCGGAGAUGAAAAAUCUGAGCAUUCAGACGCUGCUGACCAGCACCUCUCCUAUUACAGCAAUGGAGGCUUCUACACCACAGCUGCCACAGUGGAUUAUAAGCAUGCAAAAACGGUAGAGCUGCCACAACAAAGAUCAUCUUCUGUUGCCACUCAGCAGACAACUGUAUCAUCCAUCCCCUCUCAUCCAUCCACUGCAGGGAAGACGUACCGUGCAAUGUAUGACUACACAGCAGCAGAUGCAGAUGAAGUGUCCUUCAAAGAUGGUGAUGCUCUUGUCAACGUCCAAGCCAUUGAUGAAGGAUGGAUGUACGGGACUGUGCAAAGAACCGGGCAAACAGGCAUGCUUCCAGCCAACUAUGUAGAAGCACUUUAAGCCUUAAAAAGGGUGACCGUCCCUAAAACAUAUCAACAAGGACAAUAAAAAGGCACCUUACAUUGCAACUGCCUGUUAUUACCUUUAACAGCUUCUCAGGUACCUGUUUUCCUGUUGAUAUGCCUUAGGCAUUUGGUCUGUCAAACAUGUUCAGCAAAUGUUAUCAGAACUGAAUUGUAAGAUUAGUCACAGUAUCAAGAGGGAAGCAUCAUCAUCCUAUCAACCUCAACCAUUAUCUUCAAUUCAUUGGAGUUAUGCCAAAAAGGUGGUGGUGGGGAACUUGUUUGAUUCUCAAUUCCAAGAUAUAGAUCACCUUUUUGGAAUCAAAAAUGAAUCCACACACUUUCUCAAUACAAAAACUGUGUUGGUUUUAAUGGUUUUCUUUUCAAGCAACAUAGUGUUCUCCUUGGAUAUUCUAAUUAGGUGAAUGUAUUUAUUUUGUUUUGUCAGUAACAAUAUUGUAAAGCUUAAUACCUCAAACCAGUUAAACACGGGAAAGCCUCUCCUCUUGUCUGCUUAGAGAAUGCUGAUGCAUGCCUUUUUCAUCUGAGUGUUCUGGGAUCACAGUGCUGUUAUUCUCUCUUAAAUUAGUGACUAAUAAAUUUCACAUUUCUGCACA